UCCGGGUGGGGCUCAGCACCCAGAACCCACAAACCGGAAUGGCAAGCUUGUGAAGUUAUUUACAAACCGGGGCGGGCGGGGCGUCGUCACCUCACCUUUUCUGGUGGCCUAACCGAACCCUGUUCCUCUCAGAGCCUCCUGUCGUUGGGCCCAGACCUGUCAUCCGACCACGGAGGGACCGACCCCUCGGUCUUUUGGAGCAUAAACUCGUCUGACUCCAUCCCAGCCGGGGUCACUUCCCGCCUGACCGGCCGCUCCACCAGCCUGGUGGAGGGCCGAAGCUGCGGUUGGGUGCCCCCACCCCCGGGUUUUGCACCCUUGGCUCCCCGCCCGGGCCCUGAACUGUCACCCUCACCGACUUCGCCUACUGCGACUCCCACCACCACCACCACCACCGCCUCCCGGUACAAGACCGAGCUCUGUCGGACCUACUCGGAGAGCGGGCGUUGUCGAUACGGGGCCAAGUGCCAGUUUGCCCACGGCCUGGGUGAAUUGCGCCAGGCCAAUCGACACCCCAAGUACAAAACGGAACUCUGCCACAAGUUCUACCUCCAGGGCCGCUGUCCCUAUGGCUCUCGAUGCCACUUCAUCCACAACCCCAACGAAGACCUGGCUGCCCCGGGCCAGCCCCAUGUGCUUCGACAAAGCAUCAGCUUCUCGGGCUUGCCCUCUGGCCGCAGAACCUCGCCGCCGCCACCAGGCUUUCCUGGCCCUUCCCUGUCCUCAUGUUCCUUUUCACCCUCUAGCUCCCCACCACCACCCGGGGACCUUCCACUUUCCCCUUCUGCCUUCUCUGCUGCCCCUGGGACCCCUGUGACUCGAAGAGACCCCGUUCCAGCCUGCUGCCCCUCCUGCCGAAGGUCAACCCCUAACACCAUCUGGGGGCCCUUGGGUGGCCUGGCUCGGAGCCCAUCUGCACACUCCCUGGGAUCCGAUCCAGAUGACUAUGCCAGCAGCGGCAGCAGCCUGGGUGGGUCAGACUCACCCGUCUUUGAAGCUGGGGUGUUUGGGCCUCCCCCACCCACUGCACCCCCAAGGCGUCUCCCCAUCUUCAAUCGCAUCUCUGUUUCUGAGUGACAAAUGCCUAACUAGUGUGGGUCAGCUAGAUCUCAAGAGGGUUGCUUAUUGUUGUGGGGACCUAGGGGGGGACUCCUAAAUCCCUAAGUGCCUCCCUGACAUUCCAAAAUGCAUUAACCCACUCCCCUGGUGCUGUGCUGGGGCAGGUCCCUAGUUUGCAAAUUCAGUGUUUGGGUGUAUUGGUUCAUGAGGUACCUAAAAUGUAGCAUUUUUGUGGGGGACAGUUGACAGUUGGUCUUCCAGGCCCAACUCUUUUGGGUUGCUUCUGAGAUAGGGCUUAGUAUAGAGCCCAGGCUGUCUUUGAACUUGAGAUAAUCCUUCCUUAGAUUCCUAAGUUUUGGUGUUAUAUAGGCAUGCACCAGCCCCCUCCCCAACUCUGGUCUCCUGGAAUCUUAAGUGCUGUGAAGAGCUGGCUCCCACAACCCCAUCCCAGUUUUUACUAGACCCGGAGUUUCAGUGUCUGGUGGUUGAAGCCUCCCCUGACGGAGAAUCCUGGUGCUCAAAUUUCCCUCCGAAAGCAAAUAGCCAAAGCCAUUGCCAAAUCCCUUCUCCAACCAGUGGGCCCUUUAUUUAUGACGACUUUUAUUUAUUGUAAUAAGAUUUUAUAGUAUUUAUAUAUAUUGGGUCGUCUACUUCGUGUUUUCUUUUUGUAAUAUUAAAAUGGAUACUGUAUUAAGUAUACUAUAAUAUAUUAAGUAAUAUAUUGCUACCUUACAGGUCUAUUUUUGUGGUUUUAUGGAAUUUUUAAAUAAAAUCCCAAGUGCGAACUGA